AUGGACAUGAAUUUGCAAAAUAAAGGAAAGCCCAAUGUAGCCAGAAUGGGGGUACUUGAAUAUUACAUUCAACAAAAGUAUAAUUCGAUUAGUUGCAAAAACGUUUUGUUAACUUGCGUAACAAAAUACUAGAAAGACGCGAAGUCUUAUUAAUUUUUUUGUUGAGUUAACGUUACAAACAUCUAAAAAUAUCUUCUAAUACCAUGGUAAGCGUUCGCGACAUUGUUGCAAUAAAAUUUAAUAUUGUUUAUGUCUCUAAAUGAAUAUUCUAUACCAAAAAUGUAUUUCUAUCAAAAAUUUGAAUACUUGAUACGAGUAAACUGGAGACCAAAUGGAAGAAGAAACUUAAAUAAAUUUGACGUUUGAUUUUUAUUGAUUCGACCUCUUGAUUGGACUCAAUCUUUUUAAGACUGUUCGCAAGCGAACUUCGGGAAGCUUCAUAAUCAGUUGUGACCUACCUGUCAUUGCGAUCGGUUGUUCGUAGAAAGUGCAGUCUGAUUUUGAAUUAAGUUCAUUUGACUAUCAAUCACAAUAUUCAAGUUUCUUUUACCUUGAUAUUAAAAGAUAUCUAUUUCUUCAUAUUACAGAUUGUUCGUCAAUAUAUCCAUUACGUCAAUCAUUACGUGUACCAUUUAUCUAGUGCUGUAACAGGUAACAGAUUUUUAACUUCUUAAACAUCGUAUCGUCGUGACUUGUAGUUUCUUAACUUUACACUUUUAUACGAUUGACCUCGAUAUUUGCUUCCUUAAAACGAAAUAGAUUAUUCAAUCUUUACUGAUUAAAUAAUCACGUUUAUUACAUAAUUUUAUGAUAUAUAAAAUACAUAAUGUAUAUAAUACAUUAUAUAUAUGAUUAUAUUAUCAUAUAUAUAUAAUUGAUGUAUAUAUAUAUCAUAUACAUAUAUAUAAUCGUUGUUUCAUUUCGAUUUUAUGUUUUAGGUAAUUUAAAAAACAUGCCUUGUCCAUUUUUGACACAUCUUUCUGCGAAUUAUAUUCGUAAUUAUGGAACAUCCGUAAUUAUGAACUAUCAACUGUACCAGUUUUGUCCAGUGAUGUCUCAGUUUUUUAGUACUCAAGUAGAUACUAACGAGACUGGCGAACAAGUUGAAAAAGCUAUAAACAGUCAGUGUCCAUUUCUUGCUAAAGAACAAAAUGCUGUGAAAAUAGCUAGUCCUAUGGUUGAGAAGGAUAUUAUUAACGUAUCGGCUUCAGAAUCAAAAGAAAGAUGUGGUUUCCCAUAUGAAAAAUUUUUCCAUGAACAAAUUAUGAAAAAAAAGAAAGAUCAUUCUUACAGAGUAUUUAAAAAGGUUAAUCGCUUAGCAGAGAGUUUUCCAACUGGAUUAGAGUACUCCUGGGGAGAAAAACCAAUUACUGUUUGGUGUUCUAAUGAUUAUUUAGGAAUGUCACGACAUCCAGCAGUAACAGAUUCUGUUCGAGAAGCAUUGAGCAAAUUUGGUGCAGGAGCAGGAGGAACCAGAAAUAUAUCUGGAAAUUCUAUGGGGCACGAGAUAUUAGAAAAAAGACUUGCUUCUUUACACCAAAAAGAAGCCGGCUUAUUAUUCACUUCUUGUUUUGUCGCUAAUGACUCAACUUUAUAUACUUUGGCAAAACUUCUGCCACAUUGUCAUAUUUUCUCUGAUGCUGGAAAUCAUGCGUCUAUGAUUCAAGGUAUAAGAAACAGCGGAGUACCAAAGCAUAUUUUCAGGCACAAUGAUGUAAAACAUCUUGAAGAAUUACUUUCCAAAGUAGACAAAAGUGUGCCAAAAAUUGUAGCAUUUGAAACAGUACAUUCUAUGACUGGUGAUAUAUGUCCCUUAGAAGAUUUAUGUGAUGUUGCACAUAAAUAUAAUGCUUUAACAUUUGUUGAUGAAGUUCAUGCUGUUGGAUUGUAUGGAUAUUCGGGAGCUGGUAUUGGAGAAAGAGAUCACGUGCUCCAUAAAAUGGAUAUUAUAUCUGGCACUCUGGGGAAAGCUUUUGGAAAUGUGGGUGGCUACAUUGUUGGAUCUGCUAAAUUAAUAGAUAUGAUACGAAGUUAUGCUGCAGGCUUUAUUUUUACAACUUCAUUGCCACCAACAGUAUUAUAUGGUGCCUUAACAGCGAUUGAAAUUUUAGCUUCAGACGAAGGAAGAUCAUUAAGGACUAGCCAUCAAAAAAACGUAGCUUAUAUGAAAUCUGUUUUGACAACUGCAGGUCUUCCAUUAGAGCAAUCACCUUCUCACAUUAUACCGAUAAAAAUUGGUGAUCCAUUAUUGUGUAGUCAAUUAGCCGAUUUAUUAAUAAGAGAUAAGGGGCAUUAUGUUCAAGCAAUCAAUUAUCCAACUGUUCCAAAGGGAAAAGAAAAAUUAAGACUUGCUCCAACUCCAAGACACACUCAAUCUAUGAUGAAUCAAUUUGUUAAGGAUAUAUUACAUGUCUUUCAUCAAUUGAACAUACCAACUUUCGGACAUAAAUCAGAUGACAUUCCUGUGCCAACAUUCCAUUCGAGUUCAUUGAUAAAUAUUAAAUGUAAAUGAAUAAACUAUCAAAAAUCUGUAUAGUACAAAUAUAAUUUAUUUCUGUAUACAAAUUUAUAUUAUAUAGAUAUUUAUGCUGUUGAACAGGCAUUUACUUAUAAUAAAAUGUUAAAGAAAUUUAAUUAA